AUUAUCAAUUAUUGGGUUUUAGAAAUCAAAUUGUGUGCAAUAUGGGACAUAUUUUGUAAAAUUUACUUUUAGAAUUAGCACCUCUUUGUCACCUCAUUACAAAUUGCUGCAAUCAGAAAUUGAAUGGAAAACAUUUUCGUAACAUCAAGAUUGGGAAAGAACUAAUGAGAGCUGAACAUUAUGAGAAGUGAAGAUUACGGUGUUUUUUUUUCACUUUUCUAUGAUGGCGCCAAUCUAAAUGGAUUGGUAAUUAUUUGGGUCAGACCACAUAUAUAUACUCAAUGUAAAAUUCAACCGGUCACUUAUAAUGAAUAAAAAAAAAAUGUUUUGACUUUUCCAAUUGAAUAUGCCCCUCCACCACUACCGGGGUGUCAACCUCAGAGUGAUGUCUGCAGUGACUACACAGCCCCUCCCCUAUGGUGGCCUGGAGAGAGAGAAGCACAUUGAGACAUUCUUAAGGACGCUCAAUGGUCAGAGCAGGCCCGUCCGUAAUCCUCACGGCUUGCCUAAAGCCCAGCCCCGCCAAGAGCCCCCUGACGGGGGGUCAGAGAGGGUCCUUUCAGGGCUGGCUCCUGGGAGACCCUGGGAGAACGGCAUUGGCCUGCAGCAGAGGAACAGACUGAGUGAAGAAGAGGCAGAUGGUCUUCAGCUAGACCCCAUGGCUGCCUUGGAGUCAGCAAGCCAACUGCAUGUCACAGCAGGGCCUGACCUGCAAGGUCCACAAUGUGUUCCCAGAAGGAUCUACAGCAUUUCCACUGGGGGAAGCAGCGAGCAACUGUUUGUGACUGUAGAAGAGAGUUCUUGUAUGUGCCUUCAGUGUUGUGGCCCAGCUCGAUCCUGCUCCCUGCAAGGUUUCGACCGCCAGGGCCAACGGGUCUUUUAUUUUGAAAGGCCCCUCAGGGUGGAUGCCUGCUGCCUAGGCUGCUGCCUUAUGGAAAUGAGGGCCUACUCCCAACAGGACCUCCUCCUUGGCACCGUACGACAGAGGUGGAGUAUGUUCACUCCUCUGCUGGAGGUGUGCGACUCAGAGGGAACUCCUACCACCAGGAUCCUAGGCCCCUGUUGGCCCUCACGCUGCGCUGCCACCCAGCAGUUCCAGGCAGUCUCAUUGAUGGGGGAGAGAAUUGGCACAAUAUGGAAGAGAUGGCCGGGCUUCAACAAUGAGUUCAACAUGGACCACGAGUACUUUGGGCUGGAGAUGCUGCAGAAUAUGGACUCGUCUACCAAGUUGCUUCUGCUAGCCGCUACCUUCUUAUUGAAUUACAUGUUCUUCGAGAUGAGUUGAUCAGAGAUUCGGCCAUCUAUUGCUUCACCACUAAAGCGACAUCCGACUGUUGGUGCUGAAGGAGCCAAGACGUCAGCCGAACAGAGUCUUCACUGCAACCACUUACUUGAAAAAAACCCGUCAGGAGAAAGAAUCACAAUAGCCAGAGAGGUUAUAGCAGCAGAUGCAUAUUUGACAUUUAUUGCUAUAAUCCAUCAGGUGUACAUCAGACAAUACUUUUCCUCUUUUGUUUUUGACCCACACCUGAUCCGAGCACCACGUAUCCAAUCCUAGGCAGCAUUACAGUUUAACGCACAAAACAAACUCCGAAAUUCUGUAAAAACAAAUUAAAGAUCCAGAGGGAUUGGUGGAAAAACUGUAACGGGGCUGGAGGAGUCCCAAGCCCCUGCUCCUAGUUUCAAAUCCUCAGUACAAAAGGACAACCAUGGGAGGGGUCUGGUGGGAUCAGUCCACCGCCAGGGCCCCUGUUCAUCCAUCCCGUGCGUGUGAGAGGACGGCACAGCGGGGGCCCCCGGGUCGAAGGACCCUUUAGCCACACAGAAGGUCGGAGGUUAUGAGAACCUGGUCAGCGGGCGCGGGCGCGGGCCCCAGGUCAGGCACAGUGAUAUAGGCAGCUUUGACAGUCCCUUCCAUAGACGCCUACGGCACAGAACCUUCCAGACUCUCUGCCAGACUCGUUUAUCUUUUUUUUUUUUAGGGUCUUGCUCAUCCUUUGAGAGUCAUCGUCCAGGGGUUAAGACGGACAAGGAGAAGAAACUUAGUUUCUGAUUCCAAAAGGGCGAAUCUCUUGAGUGGUCAGUUGUUUUUUUCGUUUUUACAAAUAUAUUUUUGUAGACAAAUAAUAUUUCUAGUUCAAAUAACCAGAUGUUUCAUAGUUAAAAUAAAGUACUAUAAUAAAAUAACACCUGCGAUCUGGUUUGUCUCAGAUUGCUAAUAAAACUGUCUCUGUAAUUUACUUAAAUUUUGACAAAGGGCACGUGUGAUUGUUUUACACAAUAAAACCGUAUCGGUUUUACAUCACUGAUCAGCUUAUGUUGGACACAUAGAAACCCUAGUCAAGUACUCUUCUUUUGUUGGCCAGCUCAACAAACGUGUCCCACAGGCUCCCUCUAGUGGUGAGCAAGGGCAGUUGCACUACGCAUUUCUUUAAAUAAAAAGACACACACACACACACACACACACACACACACACACACACACACACACACACACACACACACACACACACACACACACACACACACACACACACACACACACACACACACACACACA